AUGGAACCGGCAGGAGUACCAAGAUUUGACCCAACUGAUACGUCUACAGUGUCCAGUCGGUGGAAGAAAUGGAAACGUAGCUUCGAAAUUUUUCUCGAAGUGAAUAAUGUAACGCAACCCGCUCGCAAACGGUCGUACCUGCUACAUUACGCGGGUCCCGAUGUCCAAGAUAUCUUCUUCAACUUACGUGGAGAGAACGAGUUGGAAGUGCCACCCGAUUCCGACUUGUACCAGGAAUCAGUACAGUUGUUGGACGGUUAUUUCUUGCCUUUGAAGUGCUUGCCACGAGAAAGACACAUCUUCCGAAACCUCGAACAGAGCCCCGACGAGUCAAUUGAGAAAUUUGUAUUGCGACUCCGUGAACAAGGUGAGCUGUGUGAAUAUGGAAACUGGCUGGAGGAGAACAUAAAGGAGCAGAUUUUCGAAAAGGGUAUUUCCGAUGAGUUGCGAGCGAAAAUAUUAGCAAAAGGAAACAUGACGCUGGCACAGACUCUCGAUGAAGGCCGCUCCCUCGAAACUAUAGCUAAACACCGUAAAACCCUGCAGCGUGUUGAGGAAAUUAAUCGCAUAUCCGGUCAAAAAGGCGAGUGCUUUCGUUGUGGGGAAUCAGGUCAUUAUGCCAACGACCAAGAAUGCCCGGCCCGAUACGAAAAGUGCAAGCGAUGUGAUCUGAUGGGUCACUAUAAAAAGUGUUGCAAGACAAAAGACCUCCGCGGUAAGAAACACGAGAAGCAGAGACACCGUAAGAGCCGUGUACGCCAGGUAGUCACGGAAGAAUCCAGCAGUGACGAAAGCGACGACCAAGAAAGCGAUAGCGGUGCAGCAAGCAAUGUCAAUUAUGUGUUUGCCAUGAAUCCCGAUCCUGCCAAUAUGGUGAAGUGCAAAAUCGGUGGAGUUCCGUUACGUUGGCUGAUCGACUCCGGGGCCGGAGCAAACGUUAUAAGCUCCGAAGUUUGGAAGUUCUUGAAAAGCCAGAAUGUACAACUGCAGUACCAAACGGAUCAAGUAACGAAGAAGCUAUACACCUAUGGGGGGCACAAGCUUUCGGUCAAAGGAAUGUUCAUAGCCGAUAUUGCCACGAAAAAGUCAGCUGUAAGUGACACGGUGUUCGUAGUUGAAGAAAUUGGUGUGAAUCUUCUCGGCAAGAACGCUGCAAUCAAGCUGGGGAUUCUUAAAAUCGAUACCACGAUUUGCACCAUUGGAACAAACAUGGAAAAGAUCGGAAAGGUCAAACGAGUAGUUGUCGCAGUUCAAAUCGACCCGAAAAUAAAGGCUGUCCAACACACACAAAGCCGAAUUCCGAUACCGCUGCAGCCCAAAGUCGAAAGAGAGCUGCAAAAGUUGCUUGAACAAGACAUAAUAGAGCCCGCUCCCUCUGAUUCUCCUUGGAUAUCACGCCUAGUGGUUCGACCAAAACCUGGGAACAACGACGAAAUCCGCAUAUGCGUCGAUAUGCGCGAUGACAAUAAAGCCAUAGUUCCCCAGCAUCAUCCUCUUCCGAUCUUCGAUGAAAUUAUUCCUCAUUUGAAUGACUGCAAAUACUUUUCGAAAAUCGACCUCAACAAGGCAUUUCAUCAGGUCGAGUUAGGCGAAGAGUCCAGACCGAUUACAACGUUUGCUUCGCACAACGGAUAUUUUCGAUAUAAACGCCUCACAUUCGGAAUGAACUGUGCAGCUGAGGUGUUCCAGAACAUCAUCGAACGAGUAUUGGCAGGAAUCCCUGUUGUAAAGGUGUUCAUAGACGACAUAUUAGUGUUUGGGCGCAGCCGAUCCGAACAUGAUUCAACGUUAAAAAUUGUCUUCGACCGUCUGAGAGAACAUGGAUUCACGAUCAAUGAAAGGAAAUGUGAAAUAAGAAAGAAAGGCGUUAUGUUUAUGGGUCACAAGCUAAGCGGGGACGGAAUCAGUCCAUCUGAAGAGAAAGUGGACGCUAUUCGCCGAUGUCGAAACCCACAAUCAGCAGAAGAACUACGGAGCUUUCUAGGCCUAAUCAACUACCUAGGUAAGUUCAUACCAAAUCUUUCCACUCUUACUGCGCCAUUGCGAGAACUUUUGCAUAAAGAUACACGAUUCAAGUGGGAGUCCAAACAUACAGACGCUUUCGAGGCUAUCAAGAAUCAAAUAGCUGAUCCCAAAAAUCUUGGAUACUAUUCCCCAUAUGAUGAAACAAUUCUCAUUGCCGAUGCCAGCCCAGUUGGGCUUGGAGCGGUUUUGCUCCAGCAACGGGAAGGGAAAGCUAGGGUGAUAUGCUAUAUAAGCAAGGGCCUAUCAACCACCGAGAAGUCUUAUGCGCAGAAUGAAAAAGAGGCUUUAGCCUUAGUUUGGGCUACCGAGAGAUUAGAAUCCUACCUUAGAGGCCUAGAAUUUAAAUUGCUUACUGACCACGAACCGCUUAAAGUAAUGUUUGGCUCUAAUCGUAAACAAUGUACAAGAAUCGAACGCUGGGCUAUUAGAUUGCAAUCCUUCCGUUUUCAAAUUGUCCAUAUUUCCGGGAAAGCUAAUAUAGCCGACCCACUGUCAAGACUCCCUAAUUUCGAGAAAUGCAAAACGUAUGACCAACAUGGGGAGACAACGUUACUGGCGAUUCUUGAAUCUGCUACGCCAAACGCUAUCACUUUAAACGAAAUAAUUGAUGGGACAUUGAAAGAUGAUGAGCUUGCUGUGGUGAAAGAGUCUUUAAAUACUGGUCGAUGGAAUGAACGCAUAAAGAAUUACUUUCCAUUCCGUGCAGAACUAUGUAUUAUAAGCGACAUAGUUAUGCGAAACGAUAGAAUUAUUAUCCCCGCAGCCCUUCGUAAACGCGUUCUAAAACUGGCGUACAUUGGCCACCCUGGGAUCGAGAAGACCAAACAACGACUCCGGUGCAAGGUUUGGUGGCCCAAUGUUGACAAAGAUGCUGAAAAAGUAGUGAAAUCUUGCUUGGAGUGUCAAAUUGUCAGCAAUUCCGUGACCCCUGAAAAUAUGGCGAUAAGAGAACUCCCACAAAGACCAUGGCAAGUGAUAGCAAUGGAUAUGCUUGGUCCACUACCAUCAGCUGAAUCCAUUUUGGUAUUAAUCGAUAUGUAUAGUCGAUAUCGUUGGACGGAAGUACUACGAACAACAACUUCCGAAGACAUUAUCGAAAGGCUAGACAGGACGUUCAUGAAAAUAGGACUUCCUUCCGUCUUACUCUCAGACAACGCGUCGAAUUUCUCAAGUCAUCGAAUGGAACAGUUCUGCAAACGAUACGGUAUCCAACUGAAGCACACGACACCCUAUUGGCCUCAAAGUAACGGCGAGGUCGAAAGGCAGAACCGGUCAAUACUAAAAGUUCUGAAGAUAGCCGAACUAAACAAGACGGACUGGAAGAAGGAUUUAGAAGAGGCAAACUACGUGUAUUCUCUUGUACGACACCCUGCUACUGGCCUUUCAUCAGCAGAGUUGGCAUUCGGCAGGAAGUUCCGCGAUUGGAUACCUGAAUUGAAUACAGUCCCGAAUGAAGAUGGAAGCAUCAGAGAUCACGACAUGACUUACAAACAAAAUGCAAAGCUGAGAUACGAUUCGAAACAUCGAGCUAAGUCAUCCGAUCUUGAACCAAAUGACCGUGUCUUGAUGCGUAAUUUGAUCCCGAAGAACAAGUUGUCCCCGAUGUAUCUCAAGGAACCAGUUACAGUCGUCUCCAGGAAAGGAAAUAGCGUGGUGGUUGAAACUGACAACGGAAACAAAUACCGCCGGAACUCAGCUCAUCUUAAAAAGCUGAUUGAGGAAGACGUGGACGGAAAUGAAUCCCAGGACCUCUCAAGCGAAUGGAUGACACCGAACGUGAAGAGCGCAACGACAAUAAGUUCCAGCACACCGAUCAAACAAAGUGGGUCCAGAAAUGCAGCCGAUGGAGAUGUUGGUCGUCCAAAGCGAGAAACAAAGAGACCUCUACGUUUUGAAGACUACGAUUUGAACUUAUCAGAUAUACAGUGA